AUGCCCGUCGGGAGCCAGGAGCUGAUUUCUCUGCUGAGACGCUUCAUCACAUACAUGCAGUUCAAGUUCAUCUCAGGAUUCCGGUACCAGGAAAUUCCUCUCACAUUUCUGAAGAGGAUCAUCACUCGCGUUGAAACAGUUCCCGAAGUGACGAAGGUGACGCGGGUGAUUGAAGGCCAGCCCUCUCUCACCAAAGUCACCCGGGUCAUCGAGGGCGAACCCAGCAUCACCAAGGUAACCAGGGUCAUCGAGGGCGAACCCAGCAUCACCAAGGUAACCAGGGUCAUCGAGGGCGAACCCAGCAUCACCAAAGUCACGCGGGUCAUCGAAGGAGAGCCCACCCUCACCAAAGUCACCAGAGUAGUCUCAGGUGGUCCUCAGUCCUCCUACAGCGCCGGAACCACCAAUGUUGAGCUGGAAGACCUCUCCACUCUUGAGGGGACAAUGGACGCUGACCGACUCGCCAAAAGUGUCCAAGCUGGUGGUUCACGGAGAACUCCUGCGAGAAAAGACCGGCUGACCCUUUCCCUGUGGCUGCUUUAUCCCAGGAAAGGACUGUUUGGACUUCACAGAGACCUACAGACUCUCACAGAGACCUACAGACUCUCACAGAGACCUACAGACUCUCACAGAGACCUACAGACUCUCACAGACCUACAGACUCUCACAGAGACCUACAGACUCUCACAGACCUACAGACUCUCUCAGACCUACAGACUCUCACAGAGACCUACAGACUCUCACAGAGACCUACAGACUCAGACCUACAGACUCUCUCAGACCUACAGACUCUCACAGAGACCUACAGACUCUCACAGAGAUCUACAGACUCUCACAGAGACCUACAGACUCUCACAGAGACCUACAGACUCUCACAGAGACCUACAGACUCUCACAGAGACCUACAGACUCAGACCUACAGACUCUCACAGACCUACAGACUCUCUCAGACCUACAGACUCUCACAGAGACCUACAGACUCUCACAGAGACCUACAGACUCUCACAGACCUACAGACUCUCACAGAGACCUACAGACUCAGACCUACAGACUCUCACAGACCUACAGACUCUCUCAGACCUGCAGACUCUCACAGAGACCUACAGACUCAGACCUACAGACUCUCUCAGACCUACAGACUCUCACAGAGACCUACAGACUCUCACAGAGAUCUACAGACUCUCACAGAGACCUACAGACUCUCACAGAGACCUACAGACUCUCACAGAGACCUACAGACUCAGACCUACAGACUCUCUCAGAGACCUACAGACUCUCACACAGAGACCUACAGACUCUCACAGAGACCUACAGACUCAGACCUACAGACUCUCUCAGACCUACAGACUCUCACAGAGACCUACAGACUCUCACAGACCUACAGACUCUCACAGAGACCUACAGACUCUCACAGAGACCUACAGACUCUCACAGAGACCUACAGACUCUCACAGAGACCUACAGACUCUCACAGAGACCUACAGACUCUCACAGAGACCUACAGACUCUCACAGACCUACAGACUCUCACAGAGACCUACAGACUCUCACAGACCUACAGACUCUCACAGAGACCUACAGACUCUCUCAGACCUACAGACUCUCACAGAGACCUACAGACUCUCACAGACCUACAGACUCUCACAGAGACCUACAGACUCUCACAGAGACCUACAGACUCUCACAGAGACCUACAGACUCUCACAGACCUACAGACUCUCACAGAGACCUACAGACUCUCACAGACCUACAGACUCUCACAGAGACCUACAGACUCUCACAGACCUACAGACUCUCACAGAGACCUACAGACUCUCACAGAGACCUACAGACUCUCACAGACCUACAGACUCUCACAGAGACCUACAGACUCUCUCAGAGACCUACAGACUCUCACAGACCUACAGACUCUCACAGAGACCUACAGACUCUCACAGAGACCUACAGACUCUCUCAGAGACCUACAGACUCUCACAGACCUACAGACUCUCACAGACCUACAGACUCUCACAGACCUACAGACUCUCACAGACCUACAGACUCUCUCAGACCUACAGACUCUCACAGACCUACAGACUCUCACAGAGACCUACAGACUCUCACAGACCUACAGACUCUCACAGAGACCUACAGACUCUCACAGACCUACAGACUCUCACAGAGACCUACAGACUCUCACAGACCUACAGACUCAGACCUACAGACUCUCACAGAGACCUACAGACUCUCACAGAGACCUACAGACUCUCUCAGAGACCUACAGACUCUCACAGACCUACAGACUCUCACAGAGACCUACAGACUCUCACAGAGACCUACAGACUCUCUCAGAGACCUACAGACUCUCACAGACCUACAGACUCUCACAGACCUACAGACUCUCACAGACCUACAGACUCUCACAGAGACCUACAGACUCUCUCAGAGACAGUCCUGUCCGGACAGAAACCUUUCAUUAGAUCAUCAGCUGGCAGACAACGAGUCAGAAACUAACCACCUCCACAUGAGACGCUCGGAAAACAACCAACGGACCGAAACGGAGAGAAUCGACAAUGACUCUCGGUCUCAGGAGAGUCUACAGACCAGUCUCAGUAGAGUCUACAGACCGGUCUCAGGAGAGUCUACAGACCUGUCUCAAGAAAGUCUACAGAGCGGUCUCGAGAGUCUACAGAGCGGGCUCAGGAGAGUCUACAGACCGGUCUCAGGAGAGUCUACAGAGCGGUCUCAGGAGAGUCUACAGAGCGGUCUCAGGAGAGUCUACAGAGCGGGCUCAGGAGAGUCUACAGAGCGGUCUCAGGAGAGUCUACAGAGCAGUCUCAGGGGAGUCUACAGACCGGUCUCAGGAGAGUCUACAGAGCGGUCUCAGGAGAGUCUACAGACCGGUCUCAGGAGAGUCUACAGACCGGUCUCAGGAGAGUCUACAGACCGGUCUCAGGAGAGUCUACAGACCGGUCUCAGGAGAGUCUACAGACCGGUCUCAGGAGAAUCUAUGGACCGGUCUCAGGAGAGUCUACGGACCGGUCUCAGGAGAGUCUACAGAGCGGUCUCAGGAGAGUCUACAGAGCAGUCUCAGGGGAGUCUACAGACCGGUCUCAGGAGAGUCUACAGAGCGGUCUCAGGAGAGUCUACAGACCGGUCUCAGGAGAGUCUACAGACCUGUCUCAAGAGAGUCUACGGACCGGUCUCAGGAGAGUCUAUGGACCGGUCUCAGGAGAGUCUACAGACCGGUCUCAGGAGAGUCUACAGAGCGGUCUCAGGAGAGUCUACAGAGCAGUCUCAGGGGAGUCUACAGACCGGUCUCAGGAGAGUCUACGGACCGGUCUCAGGAGAGUCUACAGAGCGGUCUCAGGAGAGUCUACAGAGCAGUCUCAGGGGAGUCUACAGACCGGUCUCAGGAGAGUCUACAGAGCGGUCUCAGGAGAGUCUACAGAGCGGUCUCAGGAGAGUCUACAGACCAGUCUCAGGAGAGUCUACAGAGCGGUCUCAGGAGAGUCUACAGAGCGGUCUCAGGAGAGUCUACGGACCGGUCUCAGGAGAGUCUAUGGACCGGUCUCAGGAGAGUCUACAGACCUGUCUCAAGAGAGUCUACAGAGCGGUCUCAGGAGAGUCUACAGAGCGGUCUCAGGAGAGUCUACAGACCGGUCUCAGGGUAGUCUACAGAGCGGUCUCAGGAGAGUCUACAGAGCGGUCUCAGGAGAGUCUACAGAGCGGUCUCAGGAGAGUCUACAGACCGGUCUCAGGAGAGUCUACAGACCGGUCUCAGGAGAGUCUACAGACCGGUCUCAGGAGAGUCUACAGACCGGUCUCAGGAGAGUCUACAGACCGGUCUCAGGAGAAUCUAUGGACCGGUCUCAGGAGAGUCUACGGACCGGUCUCAGGAGAGUCUACAGAGCGGUCUCAGGAGAGUCUACAGACCGGUCUCAGGAGAGUCUACAGAGCGGUCUCAGGAGAGUCUACAGAGCGGUCUCAGGAGAGUCUACAGAGCGGUCUCAGGAGAGUCUACAGAGCGGUCUCAGGGGAGUCUACAGACCAGUCUCAGGAGAGUCUACAGAGCGGUCUCAAGAGAGUCUACAGAGCGGUCUCAGGAGAGUCUACAGACCGGUCUCAGGAGAGUCUACAGAGCGGUCUCAGGAGAGUCUAUGGACCGGUCUCAGGAGAGUCUACAGAGCGGUCUCAGGAGAGUCUACAGAGCGGUCUCAGGAGAGUCUACAGAGCGGUCUCAGGAGAGUCUACAGAGCGGUCUCAGGGAGAGUCUACAGAGCGGUCUCAGGAGAGUCUACAGACCUGUCUCAGGAGAGUCUACAGAGCGGUCUCAGGAGAGUCUACAGAGCGGUCUCAGGAGAGUCUACAGAGCGGUCUCAGGAGAGUCUACAGAGCGGUCUCAGGAGAGUCUACAGACCGGUCUCAGGAGAGUCUACAGAGCGGUCUCAGGAGAGUCUACAGACCGGUCUCAGGAGAGUCUACAGAGCGGUCUCAGGAGAGUCUACAGACCGGUCUCAGGGUAGUCUACAGAGCGGUCUCAGGAGAGUCUACAGAGCGGUCUCAGGAGAGUCUACAGACCGGUCUCAGGAGAGUCUACAGACCGGUCUCAGGAGAGUCUACAGACCGGUCUCAGGAGAGUCUACAGACCGGUCUCAGGAGAGUCUACAGACCAGUCUCAGGAGAGUCUACAGAGCGGUCUCAGGAGAGUCUACAGAGCGGUCUCAGGAGAGUCUACGGACCGGUCUCAGGAGAGUCUAUGGACCGGUCUCAGGAGAGUCUACAGACCUGUCUCAAGAGAGUCUACAGAGCGGAGAGUCUACAGAGCGGUCUCAAGAGAGUCUACAGAGCGGUCUCAGGAGAGUCUACAGAGCGGUCUCAGGAGAGUCUAUGGACCGGUCUCAGGAGAGUCUACAGAGCGGUCUCAGGAGAGUCUACAGAGCGGUCUCAGGAGAGUCUACAGAGCGGUCUCAGGGGAGUCUACAGACCGGUCUCAGGAGAGUCUACAGACCGGUCUCAGGAGAGUCUACAGACCGGUCUCAGGAGAGUCUACAGAGCGGUCUCAGGAGAGUCUAUGGACCGGUCUCAGGAGAGUCUACAGAGCGGUCUCAGGAGAGUCUACAGAGCGGUCUCAGGAGAGUCUACAGAGCGGUCUCAGGAGAGUCUACAGACCGGUCUCAGGAGAGUCUACAGAGCGGUCUCAGGGGAGUCUACAGACCAGUCUCAGGAGAGUCUACAGAGCGGUCUCAAGAGAGUCUACAGAGCGGUCUCAGGAGAGUCUACAGACCUGUCUCAAGAGAGUCUACAGAGCGGUCUCAGGAGAGUCUACAGAGCGGUCUCAGGAGAGUCUACAGAGCGGUCUCAGGAGAGUCUACAGACCGGUCUCAGGGUAGUCUACAGAGCGGUCUCAGGAGAGUCUACAGAGCGGUCUCAGGAGAGUCUACAGAGCGGUCUCAGGAGAGUCUACAGAGCGGUCUCAGGAGAGUCUACAGACCGGUCUCAGGAGAGUCUACAGACCGGUCUCAGGAGAGUCUACAGACCGGUCUCAGGAGAGUCUACAGACCGGUCUCAGGAGAAUCUAUGGACCGGUCUCAGGAGAGUCUACGGACCGGUCUCAGGAGAGUCUACAGAGCGGUCUCAGGAGAGUCUACAGACCGGUCUCAGGAGAGUCUACAGAGCGGUCUCAGGAGAGUCUACAGAGCGGUCUCAAGAGAGUCUACAGAGCGGUCUCAGGAGAGUCUACAGACCGGUCUCAGGAGAGUCUACAGAGCGGUCACAGGAGAGUCUACAGAGCGGUCUCAGGAGAGUCUACAGAGCGGUCUCAGGAGAGUCUACAGAGCGGUCUCAGGAGAGUCUACAGAGCGGUCUCAGGAGAGUCUACAGAGCGGUCUCAGGAGAGUCUACGGACCGGUCUCAGGAGAGUCUAUGGACCGGUCUCAGGAGAGUCUACAGAGCGGUCUCAGGAGAGUCUACGGACCGGUCUCAGGAGAGUCUACAGAGCGGUCUCAGGAGAGUCUACAGAGCGGUCUCAGGAGAGUCUACAGACCGGUCUCAGGGUAGUCUACAGAGCGGUCUCAGGAGAGUCUACAGAGCGGUCUCAGGAGAGUCUACAGACCGGUCUCAGGAGAGUCUACAGACCGGUCUCAGGAGAGUCUACAGACCGGUCUCAGGAGAGUCUACAGACCGGUCUCAGGAGAGUCUACAGAGCGGUCUCAGGAGAGUCUACAGACCGGUCUCAGGAGAAUCUAUGGACCGGUCUCAGGAGAGUCUACGGACCGGUCUCAGGAGAGUCUACAGAGCGGUCUCAGGAGAGUCUACAGACCGGUCUCAGGAGAGUCUACAGAGCGGUCUCAGGGGAGUCUACAGACCAGUCUCAGGAGAGUCUACAGAGCGGUCUCAAGAGAGUCUACAGAGCGGUCUCAGGAGAGUCUACAGACCGGUCUCAGGAGAGUCUACAGAGCGGUCUCAGGAGAGUCUAUGGACCGGUCUCAGGAGAGUCUACAGAGCGGUCUCAGGAGAGUCUACAGAGCGGUCUCAGGAGAGUCUACAGAGCGGUCUCAGGGUAGUCUACAGAGCGGUCUCAGGAGAGUCUACAGAGCGGUCUCAGGGUAGUCUACAGAGCGGUCUCAGGAGAGUCUACAGACCGGUCUCAGGAGAGUCUACAGAGCGGUCUCAGGAGAGUCUACAGAGCGGUCUCAGGAGAGUCUACAGAGCGGUCUCAGGAGAGUCUACAGAGCGGUCUCAGGAGAGUCUACGGACCAGUCUCAGGAGAGUCUACAGAGCGGUCUCAGGAGAGUCUACAGAGCGGUCUCAGGAGAGUCUACAGAGCGGUCUCAGGAGAGUCUACAGAGCGGUCUCAGGAGAGUCUACGGACCGGUCUCAGGAGAGUCUAUGGACCGGUCUCAGGAGAGUCUACAGACCUGUCUCAAGAGAGUCUACAGAGCGGUCUCAGGAGAGUCUACAGAGCGGUCUCAGGAGAGUCUACAGAGCGGUCUCAGGAGAGUCUACAGAGCGGUCUCAGGAGAGUCUACAGACCGGUCUCAGGAGAGUCUACAGACCGGUCUCAGGAGAGUCUACAGAGCGGUCUCAGGAGAGUCUACAGACCGGUCUCAGGAGAGUCUACAGAGCGGUCUCAGGAGAGUCUAUGGACCGGUCUCAGGAGAGUCUACAGAGCGGUCUCAGGAGAGUCUACAGAGCGGUCUCAGGAGAGUCUACGGACCGGUCUCAGGAGAGUCUAUGGACCGGUCUCAGGAGAGUCUACAGACCUGUCUCAAGAGAGUCUACAGAGCGGUCUCAGGAGAGUCUACAGACCGGUCUCAGGAGAGUCUACGGACCGGUCUCAGGAGAAUCUAUGGACCGGUCUCAGGAGAGUCUACAGAGCGGUCUCAAGAGAGUCUACAGACCGGUCUCAGGAGAGUCUACAGAGCGGUCUCAAGAGAGUCUACAGAGCGGUCUCAGGAGAGACUACAGAGCGGUCUCAGGAGAGUCUACAGACCGGUCUCAGGAGAGUCUACAGACCGGUCUCAGGAGAGUCUACAGAGCGGUCUCAGGAGAGUCUACAGAGCGGUCUCAGGGUAGUCUACAGAGCGGUCUCAGGAGAGUCUACAGAGCGGUCUCAGGAGAGUCUACAGAGCGGUCUCAGGAGAGUCUACAGACCGGUCUCAGGAGAGUCUACAGAGCGGUCUCAGGAGAGUCUACAGACCGGUCUCAGGGUAGUCUACAGAGCGGUCUCAGGAGAGUCUACAGAGCGGUCUCAGGAGAGUCUACAGACCGGUCUCAGGAGAGUCUACAGACCGGUCUCAGGAGAGUCUACAGACCGGUCUCAGGAGAGUCUACAGACCGGUCUCAGGAGAGUCUACAGACCAGUCUCAGGAGAGUCUACAGAGCGGUCUCAGGAGAGUCUACAGAGCGGUCUCAGGAGAGUCUACGGACCGGUCUCAGGAGAGUCUAUGGACCGGUCUCAGGAGAGUCUACAGACCUGUCUCAAGAGAGUCUACAGAGCGGUCUCAGGAGAGUCUACAGACCGGUCUCAGGAGAGUCUACGGACCGGUCUCAGGAGAAUCUAUGGACCGGUCUCAGGAGAGUCUACAGAGCGGUCUCAAGAGAGUCUACAGAGCGGUCUCAGGAGAGUCUACAGAGCGGUCUCAGGAGAGUCUAUGGACCGGUCUCAGGAGAGUCUAUGGACCGGUCUCAGGAGAGACUACAGAGCGGUCUCAGGAGAGUCUACAGAGCGGUCUCAGGAGAGUCUACAGAGCGGUCUCAGGGGAGUCUACAGACCGGUCUCAGGAGAGUCUACAGACCGGUCUCAGGAGAGUCUACAGACCGGUCUCAGGAGAGUCUACAGAGCGGUCUCAGGAGAGUCUACAGAGCGGUCUCAGGAGAGUCUACAGAGCGGUCUCAGGGGAGUCUACAGAGCGGUCUCAGGAGAGUCUACAGAGCGGUCUCAGGAGAGUCUACAGACCGGUCUCAGGAGAGUCUACAGAGCGGUCUCAGGGUAGUCUACAGAGCGGUCUCAGGAGAGUCUACAGAGCGGUCUCAGGAGAGUCUACAGACCGGUCUCAGGAGAGUCUACAGACCGGUCUCAGGAGAGUCUACAGAGCGGUCUCAGGAGAGUCUACAGACCGGUCUCAGGAGAGUCUACAGAGCGGUCUCAGGGGAGUCUACAGACCGGUCUCAGGAGAGUCUACAGACCGGUCUCAGGAGAGUCUACAGAAGUGUCCAGCUUCUCCAGCGCAGGGGGAUGGAGAAAGCCAAACAGGAUGCCUUUGACCACGCCCGGCUGCAGGUCAUCCAAGACGGCUACAAGUCUGCCUUUGAGUGCAUCAACCAGGGCCUGAGCGCGGACGAGGCCGGUGACAAGACGCACGCCUUGGAGCUCUACCAGCGGGGGCGCCGUCACCUCCUGCGGGCCGUGAGCGUGCCUUCCACCGGGGACGAGUGCGUGGGCGCGGCCUGGAACUCGGCUCGAGAGAUGCAAACCAAAAUGCAGGAAACUCUCAACAACAUCACCACGAGAGUCGCCAUUCUGGAGACCAACUCCGAGGCGGCGCCUGAGAGCAGACUCUACCCGGAGGUUUCGGAUCAGGACAAACCUCACAGACCGCCUCAGAGACCGCCUCAGCCCAGCGUGGCGAGCAGCGCACUGGGAGUCCCAGCCCUCCCCAUGUCCCCCGCCUCCCAGCACAGACCCCCGGCCGGCCUGCCCCCCGCCUAUUCCCCCCAGGCGGCCGACGGUCACCUGUCCCUCUCGUACGGGACAGACUCGGGGGAGAUGUCCGCAGUGGGGGAGGACUUCUACAGCCAGUGCCCCAGCCCCUCCCCCCAGAGCCUGGCCUGGGAGGACGGGGAGGAGCUGCUCUACAUCCCACAGGGGGUGCAGAUCUUCUUUGUGACCCCCCAGGGAGAUGUGAGCGCGCCCUCCUACCCCGGCUUCCUGCGCCUCGUCAAGUUCACCCACGAGGCCACGCCCAACAGACCGCCCGCCUUCCUGCAGGUCAGAGGGGCGAACCACACGGUGAUGGAGGAGGUGCUGGAGGAGGUGAUGAGGAGGUGA